AUGGAGAACAGCACCGUUCCCGCACACCAUCUUCGAGAGACGAGGUAUCCAGAUACAUUUCAGGAGCAUGAUUUCGACGUAAAGAACUUUCAGUUCACGUCUGGCGAGUCUUUGCCCACCCUGCGACUUCAUUGCCGCACUCUUGGAUCGCCAAGCGUUGACUCGAGAGGUCGCACCACCAAUGCAGUCCUGAUCCUGCAUGGCACUGGCGGCGCAAGCACCCAGUUUAUCCAGGAUAUGUUUGCCGGCCAGUUGUUUGGGCCUGGUCAGCUCCUCGAUGCGUCCAAGUACUACAUCAUCUUGCGAGAUGGGAUCGGCCACGGAAAGUCGAGUAAGCCGAGCGAUGGCCUCCGCGCUCAAUUUCCUAAAUAUGGCUAUCGCGACAUGGUCGAGGCGGACCAUUUACUAUUAACCCAGCACCUGGGCAUCAAUCACCUACGGCUCGUCAUGGGCACUUCCAUGGGCGGGAUGCAGAGCUGGCUCUGGGCCGCCCUGUUUCCCGACUUUAUGGACGCAGCCAUGCCGCUGGCGUCGCUGCCCGCCCAGAUUGCCGGCCGCAACCGCAUGUCGCGCAAGAUGAUCAUGAACGCCAUCCAGUCGGACCCCGAGUACAAAAAGGGCAACUACGGCGCGCAGCCGGUCCACGGCCUCACGUCUGCCAUCAACGUCCUGCUGUGGAUGUCGUCGGUGCCCCUGCAGUGGCAGAAGGAGGCGCCGACGCGCGACGCCGCCGAUGCGUUUCUGGACGAGCGCGUCGCGCGGAUGCUGCAGACGACGGACGCAAACGACUUCCUGUACCAGAUCCGCUCGUCGAGCGACUACGACCCCGCGCCGCUCCUGGACAGGAUCAGGGUGCCGCUGGUGGCGGUCAACUCGGCCGACGACCAGAUCAACCCGCCGGAGCUGGGGCUGCUGGAGGCGGGCAUCGAGAAGGUUGCAAGAGGCAGAGCAGUGGUUCUGCCGAUUAGUGACGAGACGCGCGGUCAUGGGUCACACACAAUCGCUAAGCUCUGGAAACAUGAGCUGGAGUCUUUACUAUCCAUGUCUGAGACCACAAAGUAA